GUUGGCGGAUAGUAGGUGGCGGUAAUGCGCCUUAAAGCUGGUUAUCACCCGUUUUAAAACGAAAAGAAGAAGAUGUUAAAUGUGGUUUGUAGCUGUAGCCACAUUAGCUAACAUUUCACACUGUUACUGUUUUAAUGUGUGAGCCCAGUGUGAGUCAAGCUAGGCUAAAGCUAAAGCUAAGCUAGCAGUGCGGAUGCUGCUGCUAUGUGGUGCUCAGUGAGGUCGGUGUUACGCAGGGCAAAGGUCCUGAACGCAGCUCAGUCAGUCACCGCUGUCAAACCCAGAGCUAAUGGAUCCUGUAGCAGGGUGUCAGGGAAGAAGUGGGUGAGACCCAGCGGGUUUGACACGGGUGUAAAGACGUACAACAGCCUGACCAAACAGAAGGAGCCUCUCAUCUUGGCGAGAGAGGGAGUAGCCACCUGGUAUAGCUGUGGACCCACUGUGUACGACCACGCCCACCUGGGUCAUGCAUGCUCUUACGUCAGGUUUGACAUCCUGCAGAGGGUCUUGUCCAGGCUGUUUGGAGUCACCGUCAUCCACGCCAUGGUCAUCACAGACAUCGAUGACAAAAUCAUCAAAAGAAGCUGGGAGGAAAACGUCUCCCCGACAGUUAUAUCCACAACAUAUGAGGAGGAGUUCAAGAGGGAUAUGCUGUCGUUAAAGGUGACUCCUCCUGCAGCGUACAUAAGAGUCACUGAGAAUGUGCAUCACAUCGUCGCGUUUAUUGAGAGGAUCAUCAAGAAUGGACACGCUUAUGCCACAAAAGAAGGUGAUGUGUUUUUCGACAUCCAGUCCAUUGGUGAUCGUUAUGGAAAGUUUGUUGGAGCUGUGGAUUCUCAGGGAGAAGCUGGCAGCGCAAAUAAACGAGACGUGAGAGACUUUGCUCUUUGGAAGCCGUCAAAACCUCAGGAGCCGUACUGGGAGUCUCCGUGGGGCCGAGGACGACCUGGCUGGCACAUUGAAUGCUCCACCAUCUCUAGCUCAGUGUUCGGGAGUCAGCUGGAUAUCCACUCCGGAGGAAUCGACCUGGCGUUUCCUCACCAUGAGAAUGAGGUGGCUCAGAGUGAAGCCUAUCACCAGUGUGACCAGUGGGCAAACUACUUCCUCCACUCAGGGCACUUACACCUUAAAGGCAGCGCAGAGAAAAUGUCUAAAUCUUUGAAGAACUACGUCACCAUCAAGGAUUUCCUGCAGUCGUACUCUGCCAACGAAUUCCGGAUGUUCUGUCUUUUAAGCAAAUACAGAUCAGCUAUCGACUACAGUGACAACAGCAUGCUGGAGGCUCGGACCUCUCUGGGAACCGUCUCCACCUUCGUCCAUGACGCCCAGGCCUACAUGAAGGGUCAGCUGCAGUGUUCACCUGUACAGGAAGCCGUUCUCUGGGAGAGGUUGGCUGAGACUAAAUCCAGUGUGGUGAAAGCACUGGCAGAUGACUUCGAUACCCCGAGAGCUGUCGGCGCUGUGAUGAAUCUGGUUUACCAGGGAAACUGCCAACUCCAGCCUGUUUCUCAGUCUGAAGGAGCGGCUCGGAGCCCUGCGGUGUUUGGAGCAAUGGUCAGCUACAUCAGAGACGUAUUGGAUGUGUUUGGUAUCGACCUGCUGCACAGUAAGGAGGCUGACAUGGCCAGCGGUCAUGGAAGUCUGGAGGGUGUCGUGGAGCAGCUGACUCGCUUCAGGAGUGAAGUCAGAGCGUUUGCACUCACUCGUCAGGAUGGUCCGACCAAAAAACCUGGACUCUACCCUGAGAGAAUCCCUCUCCUCAAAGCCUGUGACGACCUCAGAGAUAACCUGGCACCCUUGGGUGUGCUGAUAAAAGACAGAGGCGCCACCUCCACAUGGGAGCUGAGUCAGGGGAAACAAAGCCAGAGAGUCCAGGAUAAAGACCAGCAGACACCCAGCUGAAACACACCUCUGACAAGGACUCUUUAUUUUCGGCUCGUGGACUCAAUUGAACUUCAACUGAAAGACUUUAUGAAAACAAGAGACCAAACCAUGUAAAGCUAACAUGCCUGAUGUGCCUGUCAGCAGUGUGUGAACUCUGAUUCAUUGCUCGUAAUUCAGCUGGAAGUUUUAAAUCUUGACAUUAGGUGAUAGUUUCUGUCUGAUAGAUCUGUUAUCUUACAGCUCAGUGAUACAAACACUCAGAGAGCCUGUGUGGCGGACGUACCGCCACGUGAACCUGCCUGUCUGCUGCUCUUUGACGGUGAAACAGAACAAUGUGCACUUUAAAUGACCAGAGCUGGAGAUUGUCAUGAAUUAACUCAUCACUGUGGUCCUGACAAGUCUCCUGUUGGCGCCACCAAUUUGUGUGUAUGAAUUAAAACCUCACACCUAAUUCA